AUGGCCAGCUUACAAAUCACACAGCCAGGCAUUGGUUCGGGCAAACGGAUCGACUGGGAAAUGCCCGCAGCCAGCAACCCGCCACUGCCGCCGUCAACCGAGCUUCUGGCGGCAAUCAAAUCGCAAGGCAAACCGACGCCGUGGAGUGAGCAGGAGAUCCGUGCCUUCCAGGCGCUGGUAAUAGACCGCAUAGGCAUAUACCGGGUGCGCAAAGUAGACUGGAACGUGGUGGCCAUGCACAUCGGCACGCGUACGCCCGAGGCGAUCAAAUCGCGGUUCCGCCAGAUGCUCAGCGAAAUGCCGCACGACUCGCGCGCCAGUCUGAUGCAGCGGCGGCUCUCGCACAACGCGCAGCUGUGCGGCUCCAAGAAGGCGUCAAAGGCGCGGACCAGGGUGUGGACGCCGCAGGAAGACGAUGCAUUGAAGACCGCGGUGGCGCUGUAUGGUGCGCACAAGUGGCGGAUGAUCUCGGAGUUUGUCGAGACACGGCGGCCAAGCCAGUGCUAUAACCGGUGGCGGUAUAUGAACAGUCCGCUGAGCGGGAAGCGCGGGCCGCCGUCGUACUGGAUCAACGUUAUGUACCGGAAGAAAAAGCUGAGCAAGGCCGGGUCGUCGGAUGGCUCGUCGGUGCUGUCGGCAAUCCUGAACCAGCAGCUGCAAGAGGCCAUGGACCGCGAUGCUAGCAGUAAUACCGGGGUCGUGCUUGGGACGGACGAGGCGGGUGAGGAAAUCAUGGGUGCGGUGGACCGGGCGGUGCUGAAGCCGUUUAGCGUCGACGAGGACAAGCUGAUUAUCCAGCUGGUGCGCCUGCACGGCCGAAAGUGGGGCCACAUAACUAGGCUGCUGAACGCGGCAAACCAGCAGAGAGAGAGGACGAGGGAUCUUGGCAGCGACUCUCAGACGACACAGAAGCGCACCGCGAACUGGGUGUGCGAGCGCUUCAGGCUGCUGUCGCAGCCAAUCGAGGCCGGCGUCUGA